AUGGCUAAAGUUAACACUUACCAUUCCCACCCUGCUGCCCAUAGAUCUUCUGGGAAGACUUUUAGUGAUGGCCCUGGUAGACUUGAAAAUGGAAUUAAGAGAAUCCCCUCCCCGGAUGAGGAUAGAUCUUCAAAAUUAGAGAGUGUCAUUUCCAUGGCAGAAGAAGGAGGGGACACAUCCACAGAAGGAGCAACGAACAGGUCCUCAGGGUUUUUCUUAUCGGUGAGAACCUGGUUCAGAAAGCACUUACGUCGAGAUGGCCAAAGAUCUGAUUCUUCAGUUGAGGCUCAAGGGGGAGAAAACAAAGACGACAAAACUAAGCCAAAGAAGGAUGGGAAAGAUGAACAGAAAAAGGAAAAGAAAGAAAUCUUUGUAGUAGAUCCUUCAAGCAACCUGUAUUAUAGGUGGUUGGGAAUCAUUGCAGUACCAGUAUUCUAUAACUGGUGUCUAUUGGUAUGUAGGGCCUGCUUUGAUGAGCUUCAGAUGAAUCAUCUUGCACUUUGGCUGUUCUUGGAUUAUUCUUCUGAUAUUAUCUACCUCAUGGACACAUUUGUCAAAUUCAGGACAGGUUUCCUUGAACAAGGACUACUAGUUAAAGAUGAAAAGAAAUUAAAAGAAUAUUAUAAAUCAACUUUGCAGUUCAAGUUGGACCUGUUGUCCCUUUUUCCAACUGAUCUAGGAUUUUUACACUUUGGAAUGAACUAUCCUGAGUUGCGAUUUAACCGGUUACUGAGACUUCCCCGCCUAUUUGAAUUUUUUGAUCGUACAGAAACAAGAACAAACUAUCCAAAUAUAUUUCGUAUAGGGAACCUUGUCUUGUACAUUCUCAUCAUUAUUCACUGGAAUGCAUGUAUAUAUUUUGCCAUUUCCAAACUAAUUGGAUUUGGAACCGACUCCUGGGUUUAUCCCAAUAUCUCCCAUCCUGAACAUGGACGGUUGUCCAGAAAAUAUAUUUACAGCCUAUAUUGGUCCACGCUGACAUUGACAACCAUUGGAGAAACUCCACCUCCAGUGAAAGAUGAAGAGUAUCUAUUUGUGGUCAUGGACUUUUUAGUGGGUGUGCUUAUCUUUGCUACCAUUGUGGGCAAUGUAGGCUCUAUGAUUUCUAAUAUGAAUGCCUCUAGGACAGAGUUCCAGGCCAAGGUUGAUUCCAUCAAGCAAUACUUGCAAUUUCGAAAGGUCACUAAAGAUUUGGAAGCAAGAGUGAUUAAAUGGUUUGAUUAUCUGUGGACCAAUAAGAAAACAGUAGAAGAAACAAAAGUCCUGAGAUACCUCCCUGAUAAGCUGAAAGCUGAGAUUGCCAUAAAUGUCCAUAUGGAUACACUAAGAAAAGUGCGGAUCUUCCAAGAUUGUGAAGCUGGACUCCUGAUUGAGUUGGUGUUGAAAUUAAAACCUACUGUUUUCAGUCCCGGAGACUAUAUAUGCAAAAAAGGUGAUAUUGGAAGAGAGAUGUAUAUUAUUAAAGAAGGAAAACUGGCUGUCGUGGCAGAUGAUGGGGUGACACAGUUUGUGGUUCUAAGUGAUGGCAGUUACUUUGGAGAAAUCAGCAUCUUAAACAUCAAAGGCAGCAAAGCUGGCAAUAGGAGAACUGCCAAUAUCAGAAGCAUAGGUUACUCUGAUCUGUUCUGUUUGUCCAAGGAUGACCUGAUGGAAGCUCUCACUGAAUAUCCUGAGGCCAAAAAGGCACUGGAAGAAAAAGGACGGCAAAUUUUGUUGAAAGAUAACUUGAUUGAUGAGGCGGCAGCUAAAGCAGGAGCUGACCCAAAAGACUUGGAAGAGAAAAUAGGUAAACUUGAAGCAGCUCUGGAUACUCUUCAGACAAGGUUUGCUAGACUUUUAGCAGAGUACACUGCCUCACAGUCUAAACUCAAACAGAGACUUGUAGAAAUUGAGACCAAAGUGAAGAAGUCUGGAAACGACACUUUGUUAGAUGUACCAGACGAAGCUGGAAAACCAGAAGAACAGAAAAAAAAUUAA